AUGGCGACCCUCGAAAAGCUGAUGAAGGCCUUCGAAUCCCUCAAGUCCUUUCAGCAGCAACAGCAGCAGCAGCAGCAGCAGCAGCCUCCGCCGCCGCCUCAGCCUCCUCAGGCGCUGCCGCAGGCGCAGCCGCCGCUGCCUCAGCCGCAGCCGCCGCAGCCCCCGCCGCCCCCGCCGCCCCCCGGCCCGGCCGUGGCCGAGGAGCCGCUGCACCGACCAAAGAAGGAACUCUCAGCCACCAAGAAAGACCGCGUGAACCAUUGUCUGACAAUAUGUGAAAACAUAGUGGCACAGUCACUCAGAAAUUCUCCAGAAUUUCAGAAACUUCUGGGCAUCGCUAUGGAACUUUUUCUGCUGUGCAGUGAUGAUGCGGAGUCGGAUGUCCGGAUGGUGGCUGACGAGUGCCUCAACAGAGUCAUAAAAGCCCUGAUGGACUCCAAUCUUCCGAGGCUACAGUUAGAACUCUAUAAGGAAAUCAAAAAGAACGGUGCUCCCCGGAGCCUGCGCGCCGCCUUGUGGAGGUUUGCUGAACUGGCUCACCUGGUCCGGCCUCAGAAGUGCAGGCCUUACUUGGUAAACCUUUUGCCUUGCCUGACUCGAAUAAGCAAGAGACCUGAGGAAUCUGUUCAGGAGACCUUGGCUGCAGCUGUACCCAAAAUUAUGGCUUCUUUUGGCAAUUUUGCAAAUGACAAUGAAAUUAAGGUUCUAUUAAAGGCUUUCAUAGCGAAUCUGAAGUCAAGCUCCCCGACCAUUCGGCGGACGGCGGCUGGCUCAGUGGUGAGCAUCUGCCAGCACUCGAGAAGGACGCAGUAUUUUUAUAGCUGGCUACUAAAUGUGCUCUUAGGUUUGCUGGUCCCUGUUGAGGGUGAACAUUCUACCCUCCUGAUUCUUGGAGUGCUGCUCACACUGAGAUACCUGGUGCCCUUGUUGCAGCAGCAGGUCGAGGACACGAGCCUGAAAGGCAGCUUUGGGGUGACACGGAAAGAACUGGAAGUCUCCCCGUCGACAGAGCAGCUUAUCCAGGUCUACGAGCUGACCCUGCAGUACACUCAACACCGAGACCACAACGCCGUGACCGGAGCGCUGGAGCUCCUGCAGCAGCUGCUCAGGACGCCGCCGCCCGAGCUCCUGCAGGCCCUGAGCACGCCGGGCGGCGGGCCGCUCGCCGCCCACCGCCAGCCCGGCUGCCGGAGCCGCAGCGGCAGCAUCGUGGAGCUGCUAGCUGGAGGGGGUUCUUCAUGCAGCCCUGUCCUUUCAAGAAAACAAAAAGGGAAAGUGCUCUUCGGAGAAGCAGCGGCCUUGGAGGAUGACUCCGAGUCCAGGUCGGAGGGCAGCAGCCCCGCCUUCACAGCCUCAGUCAAGGGUGAGAUUGGUGGUGAGCUGGCUGCCUCUUCCGGGGUCUCCACUCCUGGCUCUGCCAGUUCAGCCACCGACUCCGUGGGCCACGACAUCAUCACUGAGCAGCCCCGGUCACAGCACACGCUACAGCCAGACUCAGUGGAUCUGACCGGCUGUGACCUGGCGAGCGCUGCCACCGACGGGGAUGAGGAGGACAUCCUGAGCCACAGCUCCAGCCAGAUCAGUGCCGUCCCGUCUGACCCGGCCAUGGACCUGAACGAUGGCACCCAGGCCUCCUCCCCAGUCAGCGACAGCUCCCAGACCACCACCGAGGGGCCUGAUUCGGCUGUGACCCCUUCAGACAGUUCUGAAAUUGUGUUAGAUGGUGCCGACAGCCAGUAUUUGGGGAUGCAGAUCGGACAGCCACAGGACGAGGAUGAGGAAGCCACGGGCAUUCUUCCGGAUGAAGACGUAGAUGCUUUCAGAAGCUCUUCAGUUGCCCUGCAGCAAGCACAUUUAUUGAAAAGUAUGGGCCACAGCAGGCAGCCCUCUGACAGCAGUAUAGAUAAAUUUGUCUCCAGAGAUGAAGCUGCCGAACCAGGAGAUCAAGAAAACAAGCCUUGCCGGAUCAAAGGUGACAUAGGACAGUCUACCGAUGACGAUUCUGUUCCUCUUGUCCAUUGUGUCCGCCUUCUGUCUGCUUCAUUUUUGCUGACUGGGGAAAAAAAUGUGCUGGUUCCGGACAGGGACGUGAGGGUCAGUGUGAAGGCGCUGGCACUCAGCUGUGUGGGGGCCGCUGUGGCCCUUCAUCCUGAGUCUUUCUUCAGCAAACUUUAUAAAGUACCUCUUGACACCAUGGAGUACCCUGAGGAGCAGUAUGUGUCAGACAUCCUGAACUACAUCGAUCACGGAGACCCCCAGGUCAGAGGAGCCACGGCCGUUCUCUGUGGGACCCUCAUCUCCUCCAUCCUCAGCAGGUCCCGCUUCCAAGUGGGAGACUGGAUGAGCACCAUCAGGGCCCUGACAGGAAAUACAUUUUCUCUGGCGGACUGCAUUCCUUUGCUGCAGAAAACUUUGAGGGAUGAAUCUUCUGUGACUUGCAAGUUGGCUUGUACAGCUGCGAGGCACUGUGUCAUGGGUCUCUGCAGCAGUAGCUAUAGCGAAUUGGGAUUACAGCUGAUCACCGACAUGCUGACCUUGAGGGAUAGUUCCUACUGGCUGGUGAGGACAGAGCUUUUGGAAACUCUUGCAGAGAUUGACUUUAGGUUGGUGAGCUUUUUGGAGGCAAAAGCAGAAAACCUGCACAGAGGGGCCCAUCAUUACACAGGGCUUUUAAAACUGCAAGAACGAGUGCUGCAUGAUGUCGUCAUCUAUCUGCUGGGGGACGAGGACCCCAGGGUGCGGCACGUUGCCGCAGCAGCUUUGAUGAGGCUUGUCCCAAAGCUGUUCUACAAGUGCGACCAAGGACAAGCUGACCCUGUCGUGGCUGUGGCGAGAGAUCAAAGCAGUGUUUACCUGAAGCUCCUUAUGCACGAGACGCAGCCUCCAUCUCACUUCUCCGUCAGCACCAUCACCAGAAUAUACAGAGGCUAUAACUUACUGCCGAGCAUGACGGACGUCACUGUGGAAAACAACCUCUCCAGAGUCAUCGCGGCAGUUUCCCGUGAACUGGUCACGUCCACCGCGCGCGCGCUCACAUUUGGAUGCUGCGAAGCUCUGUGUCUCCUUUCAACCACCUUUCCCGUCUGCAUUUGGAGUUUAGGUUGGCAUUGUGGGGUGCCCCCAUUGAGCACCUCUGAUGAGUCGAGAAAGAGCUGCACUGUUGGCAUGGCCACAAUGAUCCUCACCUUGCUCUCAUCAGCUUGGUUCCCGCUGGAUCUCUCAGCCCAUCAGGAUGCUUUGGUUUUAGCCGGAAACUUGCUUGCAGCCAGUGCUCCCAAAUCUCUGAGAAGUUCCUGGACCUCUGAAGAAGAGGCCAACCCAACAGCUGCCAAGCAGGAAGAGGUCUGGCCAGCUCUGGGUGACCGGACCCUGGUGCCCAUGGUGGAACAGCUCUUCUCCCACCUGCUGAAGGUGAUUAAUAUCUGUGCUCACGUCUUGGACGAUGUGGCUCCGGGACCAGCAAUGAAGGCAGCCUUGCCAUCUCUGACAAACCCUCCUUCUCUAAGUCCCAUCCGACGAAAGGGAAAGGAGAAAGAACCCGGAGAGCCGGCCUCUGUGCCCUUGAGCCCCAAGAAAGGCAGUGAAGCCAGUCCAGCCUCUCGACAAUCUGAUGCCCCAGGGCCUGUUACAGCAAAUAAGUCCUCGUCGCUGGGGAGUUUCUGUCACCUUCCUUCGUACCUCAAAUUGCAUGACGUCCUGAAAGCUACUCACGCCAACUACAAGGUUACCUUGGAUCUUCAGAACAGCGCUGAAAAGUUUGGGGGCUUUCUGCGCUCUGCCUUGGAUGUCCUCUCUCAGAUCCUAGAGCUGGCGACGCUGCAGGACAUCGGGAAGUGUGUUGAGGAGAUCCUAGGGUAUCUGAAAUCCUGUUUCAGUCGGGAACCAGUGAUGGCAACUGUUUGCGUUCAGCAGCUGUUGAAGACUCUCUUUGGGACAAACUUGGCCUCCCAGUUUGAUGGCUUGUCCUCCAACCCCAGCAAGUCUCAAGGCCGAGCACAGCGUCUGGGCUCCUCCAGUGUGAGGCCAGGCUUGUACCACUACUGCUUCAUGGCUCCGUACACCCACUUCACCCAGGCCUUAGCCGACGCCAGCCUGAGGAACAUGGUGCAGGCGGAGCAGGACCACGACACUUCAGGGUGGUUUGACGUGCUUCAGAAGGUGUCUACCCAGUUGAAGACCAACCUCACGAGCGCCACAAAGAACCGCGCGGAUAAGAAUGCUAUUCAUAAUCACAUUCGCUUGUUCGAGCCUCUGGUUAUUAAAGCUUUGAAACAGUACACAACCACCACGUCCGUGCAACUGCAGAGGCAGGUCCUGGACUUGCUGGCCCAGCUGGUGCAGUUACGGGUCAAUUACUGUCUUCUGGACUCGGACCAGGUGUUUAUUGGAUUUGUGCUGAAGCAGUUUGAAUACAUUGAAGUAGGCCAGUUCAGGGAAUCAGAGGCAAUUAUUCCAAACAUCUUUUUCUUCCUGGUAUUACUAUCUUACGAACGCUAUCAUUCAAAACAGAUCAUUGGAAUUCCUAAAAUCAUUCAGCUCUGUGAUGGCAUCAUGGCCAGUGGGAGGAAGGCUGUGACACAUGCCAUACCAGCUCUGCAGCCGAUAGUCCACGACCUCUUUGUCCUGAGAGGAGCCAAUAAAGCCGACGCAGGAAAAGAGCUUGAAACCCAGAAAGAGGUGGUGGUGUCGAUGCUGCUGAGACUCAUCCAGUACCAUCAGGUGUUGGAGAUGUUCAUCCUGGUCCUGCAGCAGUGCCACAAGGAGAACGAAGACAAGUGGAAGCGACUGUCUCGGCAGAUAGCCGACGUCAUCCUCCCGAUGUUAGCCAAGCAGCAGAUGCACAUUGAUUCUCAUGAAGCCCUUGGAGUGUUAAAUACUUUAUUUGAGAUUCUGGCCCCUUCCUCCCUCCGUCCCGUGGACAUGCUUUUACGGAGUAUGUUUGUCACUCCAGAUACAAUGGCAUCUGUGAGCACUGUUCAACUGUGGAUCUCAGGAAUCCUGGCCAUUUUGAGGGUUCUCAUUUCCCAGUCAACUGAAGAUAUUGUUCUUUCUCGUAUUCAGGAGCUCUCCUUCUCCCCAUAUUUAAUCUCCUGUCCAAUAAUUGAUAGGUUAAGAGAUGGGGACAGUACUUCAACACCGGAAGAACACAACGAAGGGAGACAAAUCAAGAGUUUGCCAGAGGAAACAUUUUCAAGGUUUCUACUACAACUAGUUGGCAUUCUUUUGGAGGAUAUUGUUACAAAACAGCUAAAAGUGGAAAUGAGUGAACAGCAACAUACUUUCUAUUGUCAAGAACUAGGCACUCUGCUAAUGUGUCUGAUCCACAUCUUCAAGUCUGGAAUGUUCCGGAGAAUCACGGCGGCUGCCUCGAGACUCUUCGCGGCGGACCACGCCGACGGCACUUUCUACGGCCUGGAGAGGCUGAAUGCGCGCGUGCGCACCAUGCUGCCCACGCACCCAGCGCUCGUGCUGCUCUGGUGCCAGAUCCUGCUGCUCGUCAGCCACACCGACUACCGCUGGUGGGCAGAGGUGCAGCAGACCCCCAGGAGACGCAGUCUGUCCAGUACGAAGUCACUCAGCCCCCAGAUGCCUGGAGAGGAGGAGGACCCCGAUGCAGCCUGCAAGCUUGGGGUGUGCAAUAGAGAAAUAGUGCGAAGGGGAGCGCUCAUUCUCUUCUGCGAUUAUGUCUGUCAGAACCUACACGAUUCAGAGCACCUAACAUGGCUCAUUGUGAAUCACAUCCAGGACCUGAUCAGUCUAUCCCACGAGCCCCCCGUGCAGGAUUUUAUCAGUGCUGUUCAUCGGAACUCCGCUGCCAGUGGCCUCUUCAUCCAGGCAAUUCAGUCUCGUUGUGAAAACCUUUCAACCCCUACCACCCUGAAGAAGACGCUUCAGUGCUUAGAAGGGAUCCACCUCAGCCAGUCGGGCGCUGUGUUAAUACUGUAUGUGGACAAGCUUUUGUGCACUCCGUUCCGUGUGCUGGCUCGCAUGGUCGACACUCUGGCCUGUCGCCGGGUGGAAAUGCUUCUGGCUGCAAAUUUACAGAGCAGCACGGCCCAGCUGCCAGUGGAGGAGCUCAGCAGGAUCCAGGAAUACCUUCAGAGCAGCGGCCUGGCUCACAGACACCAGAGGCUCUACUCCCUGCUGGACAGGCUUCGUCUCGCCACUGCACCCGGCUCACGUGGCCCUUCUCCUCCGGUCACGUCCCACCCGCUGGACGGGGAUGGGCCCCUGGCACUGGAGACCGUGAUUCCAGACAAAGACUGGUACCUACGUCUAGUCAAAUCCCAGUGCUGGACUAGGUCAGAUUCUGCGCUGCUGGAAGGGGCAGAACUGGUGAAUCGGAUUCCUCCCAGUGACAUGAGUACAUUCAUGAUGAACUCGGAAUUCAACUUAAGCCUGUUGGCCCCAUGCCUGGGCCUGGGCAUGCGCGAAAUCUCCGGAGGCCAGAGGAGUCCCCUUUUUGAAGCAGCUCGCCUGGCCACUCUGGACCGUGUGAGCGGCCUGGUUCAGCAGCUGCCUGCUACCCACCACGUUUUCCAGCCGUUCUUGCCUGUGGAGCCCACCGCCUACUGGAACAAGUUGAAUGAUCUGUUUGGGGAUGCUGUGUUGUAUCGGUCCUUGACCACUCUGGCCCGGGCCCUGGCCCAGUACCUGCUGGUGUUCUCCAAGCUGCCCAGCCAUUUGCACCUCCCUCCUGAGAAGGAGAGGGACACUGUGAAAUUUGUGGUCAUGACCCUCGAGGCCCUGGCGUGGCAUUUGAUCCAUGAGCAAAUCCCACUGAGUCUGGACCUACAGGCCGGCCUGGACUGCUGUUGCCUGGCCCUGCAGCUGCCCAGCCUCUGGAGCGUGCUGUCCUCCCCAGAGAUGGUCACCCAUGCCUGCUCUCUCAUUCACUGUGUCCGCUUCGUCCUGGAAGCCGUUGUGGUGCAGCCUGGGGAUCAGCUUCUUAGUCCAGAAAGAAGGAUGAACACCACAAAGGCUUCCAGAGAGGAUGAAGUAGAUUCAAACAUACAAAACCCGGCAUAUAUCACCGCAGCCUGUGGGAUGGUGGCAGAAAUGGUGGAGUCUUUGCCGUCGGUGUUGGCCUUGGGGCAUAAAAGGAAUAGCAACACCCCAGCGUUUCUCACGUCGGUGCUCAGGAACAUCAUCGUCAGCCUGGCUCGCUUACCCCUCGUCAACAGCUACACGCGCGUCCCCCCACUGGUUUGGAAGCUCGGAUGGUCGCCCAAGCCGGGAGGUGACUUUGGCACAUGCUUCCCUGAGAUCCCGGUGGAGUUCCUCCAGGAGAAGGAAGUCUUUAAAGAGUUCAUCUACCGCAUCAAUGCACUAGGGUGGACCAGCCGCACCCAGUUUGAGGAAACGUGGGCCACCCUCCUUGGCGUCCUGGUGACUCAGCCCCUCGUGAUGGAGCAGGAGGAGAGCCCGCCGGAAGAAGACACGGAGAGGACCCAGAUCAAUGUCCUGGCCGUGCAGGCCAUCACCUCCCUGGUGCUGAGCGCAAUGACCGUGCCCGUGGCUGGCAACCCAGCUGUGAGCUGCUUGGAGCAGCAGCCCCGGAACAAGCCCCUCAAAGCCCUCGACACCAGGUUUGGGAGGAAGCUGAGCAUUAUCCGAGGAAUUGUAGAGCAGGAAAUCCAAGCGAUGGUUUCAAAGAGAGAGAACAUUGCCACGCAUCACUUAUACCAGGCGUGGGACCCCGUCCCUUCUCUGUCUCCAGCUACGACAGGUACCCUCAUCAGCCACGACAAGCUUCUGCUGCAGAUCAACCCCGAGCGGGAGCUGGGGAACAUGAGCUAUAAGCUUGGCCAGGUGUCCAUUCACUCCGUGUGGCUGGGGAACAGCAUCACACCCCUGAGAGAGGAGGAGUGGGAGGAAGAGGAAGAGGAGGAGGCCGAUGUUCCCGCCCCUGCGUCACCACCCACAUCACCCGUCAACUCCAGGAAGCACCGGGCUGGGGUCGAUAUCCACUCCUGUUCCCAGUUUUUGCUCGAACUGUACAGUCGCUGGAUCCUGCCGUCAGGGUCAGCCCGAAGGACGCCCAUCAUCCUGAUCAGUGAAGUGGUUCGAUCUCUCCUAGUGGUCUCAGACUUGUUCACCGAACGCACCCAGUUUGAGAUGAUGUAUCUGACGCUGACAGAGCUGCGGAGGGUGCACCCUGCAGAAGACGAGAUUCUCAUUCAGUACCUGGUACCCGCCACCUGCAAGGCGGCUGCCGUCCUGGGAAUGGAUAAGGCUGUGGCAGAGCCCGUCAGCCGGCUGCUGGAGAGUACCCUGAGGAGCAGCCACCUGCCCAGCAAGGUCGGGGCCCUGCACGGCGCUCUCUACGUGCUGGAGUGUGACCUCCUGGAUGAGACGGCCAAGCAGCUCGUCCCAGUCAUCAGCGACUACCUCCUGUCCAACCUCAAAGGGGUGGCCCACUGCGUGAACAUUCAUAGCCAGCAGCAUGUGCUGGUGAUGUGUGCCACCGCCUUCUACCUGAUCGAGAACUAUCCCCUGGAUGUGGGCCCGGAGUUCUCUGCGUCAAUCAUACAGAUGUGUGGGGUGAUGCUGUCCGGAAGUGAGGAAGCCACCCCGUCCAUCAUCUACCACUGCGUCCUGCGGGGCCUGGAGCGCCUCCUGCUGUGCGAACAGCUGUGCCGCCUGGAUGCGGAGUCCCUGGUCAAGCUGAGUGUGGACAGAGUGAAUGUGCACAGCCCGCACCGGGCCAUGGCCGCCCUGGGCCUGAUGCUCACCUGCAUGUACACAGGGAAGGAGAAAAUCAGUCCGGGCAGAACCUCAGACCCUAGCCCCGGCGCCCCGGACAGUGAGUCAGUGAUUGUGGCUAUGGAACGCGUGUCUGUUCUUUUUGACAGGGUCAGGAAAGGGUUCCCCUGUGAAGCCAGAGUGGUGGCACGGAUCCUUCCUCAGUUUUUAGACGACUUCUUCCCACCCCAGGAUGUCAUGAACAAAGUCAUUGGAGAAUUUCUCUCCAACCAGCAGCCAUACCCUCAGUUCAUGGCCACCGUUGUGUACAAGGUUUUCCAGACGCUGCACACCACCGGGCAGUCAUCCAUGGUCCGGGACUGGGUCAUGCUGUCCCUCUCCAACUUCACCCAGAGGACCCCGGUGGCAAUGGCCGUGUGGAGCCUCUCCUGCUUCUUCAUCAGCGCUUCCACCAGCCCGUGGGUCUCGGCUGUCCUUCCCCACGUCAUCAGCAGGAUGGGCAAGCUGGAGCAGGUGGACGUGAACCUCUUCUGCCUGGUGGCCACGGACUUUUACAGACACCAGAUAGAAGAGGAGCUGGACCGCCGGGCCUUCCAGUCCGUGUUCGAGGUGGUCGCGGCACCAGGAAACCCAUAUCAUCGAUUGCUGACUUGUUUGCGGAACGUCCACAAGGUCGCCACGUGCUGAGUGCCCACGGGGCAGCGGCACCAGAGCCGGGGGGGCCUGCCCACGCCGGCGUGGCUCCGCACCCAGGCCUCCCCUUGAGUCGCGCCGUGGCCGAGCAGGUGGUGUCCGGCUCUGCCUGUGGCAGAGGAGCUCUGUGGCAGGGAGGCUGCGUGCAGGGACCACACGCAGGAACGUGGGGUUGAGCCUGAGUCCUUGCGGAGGGCAGGAGCCGCUGGUCACUAACCCUCUGUGCUGCAGCUAGUGCGAAACGCCAGCCAGCCGGCUGUUCCCGUCCUCUUAGCGCCCACCUGCCCGCGGCCACCAGGCUACAGCUGCUCUUGCGUCUGGGACGGAGUCCUCGGUCUUGCAGGUUGGCCACGGGCCUCUCUGCUGUCCCACAGGCAGAAGGUGGCGCCGGCAGGCUUUCGGGAGCGCUCCCCAGGGCUCUGGCCUGGGGGUCAGGGCCAUGCCCAGCCCCCCGAUGGGAAUGCCGUGGGGUGUGCGGGUCGGGGGUGCUGGGAAUGCGACACCCAGAGCCACACUUCCCUUUCUCUGUUUUCUUCUCAGGAUUUAAAGUUUAAUUAUAUCAGUAAAGAGAUUAAUUUUAAGGUAA